GAUCUGAUGCCCCGGCGGCGCCUGACCGCGCUCAGCCGGCCUGGCCUCAGUUUCCCUACUUCUAAGUAGGAGAGGCCAUGCUGCCCUGCUUCUUGUUCCUGCCCAAGCACAUCAGCACAUCGUUGGUGUUCCUGCGCAGUGCGCGCCACGGCUUCGCUUUCCUGCCGCGCUGGGUCCCCAGGCUGUCCUCGGACUACCCGCCCGCCGCCCCCAUUCGCCUGCUGGCCGCAGCCGCCUCUUCCCGGGGGCCGGCGGGGGCCGCCGGCGCCCCCUCCCGGGUGCGCCAGAACUUCCACCCGGACUCCGAGGCCGCCAUUAACCGCCAGAUCAACCUGGAGCUCUAUGCGUCCUACGUGUACUUGUCCAUGGCCUAUUACUUCUCCCGAGAUGACGUGGCCUUGCACAACUUUGCCGGAUAUUUCCUUCGACUGUCUCGCGAGGAGACCGAGCACGCGGAGAAGCUGAUGAGGCUGCAGAACCAGCGGGGAGGACUGAUCUGCCUGCAGGACAUCAAGAAACCGGACCAGAACGACUGGAAGAGCGGGCUGAAUGCCAUGGAGUGUGCUCUGCUCUUGGAAAAGACUGUGAACCAGUCGUUGCUGGAAAUGCACACUCUGGCAUCAGACAAAGGUGACCCCCAUUUGUGCGAUUUCCUAGAAACCCACUAUCUGAAUGAGCAGGUGAAGUCUAUCAAAGAACUAGGUGACCACGUGAACAACUUGGUUAAGAUGGGGGCCCCCGAGUCUGGUCUGGCAGAGUACCUUUUUGACAAACAUACCCUUGGAAAUGAAAACAAUCGCAACUAACCCAUAGGCUGCCUUCCCAAACAGGGUGUGCCAGGACCCAGAGGCAGCUGUUUCCUCCAAUCUUUUUAUAUUCUUCUCUUAUUAUAAUGUCUCAAUAAAGUGAUUUGUAGAGAAAAUGUAUUUAGCCCCAUGUUAACAAUGGCUGUUUGCCCAGCAUCAAGAUGAUUUUCCCAGCCCAGAAUGAGAUGGUAUAAAAAAGACUGCAAAAAACCUACUGAAAUAGAUGCAAACUAAAUUUUUACAGUUACCAAAUAUUCCCGACCAUGACCCUGCAAUAAAUAUCCAUGAAUUUCAACUCAA